CCGUUUUCAAAUGACGAGAGAUAUCGGAGCGGGAAAGCCCCGCAGAAGAAGAAUGGCUGACGACAAGGAGAUAGAGUUACAAAAUGCUACCAGGCGUGUUGUUGACUUGCUGAGAAGUGCCUUGGCUGAACCAACUUCUCAAAAUCAUGAAGUACAGGUUCAGGGAGAGCAGGUGGAGGUGGGCAACAGACAGCCUACUAUACAGGGACAGCAGCAGUCUGCUCUUGGCAACAGGCAGCAGGCUGGGAAAAGGCAGCGUCAGGCAGUCCAGGGGCAGCAGCAACAAAGGACCCCUGGCUUUCCUUCUACAGCAGGAAAUACAGUGGAUCAAAAUAUGGCCAGGGGCCCCAGCCCCUGGAUUGGGGCUCUUAGGUCAACCCCAAUCCAGUUCUUUCUGCUCAAUCAGUGCACAGAAAGAACACCAAAGUCAUCGGAUGAAAUGGUCCUUCUCCAGGCUGGACUUGGCAGGAGGACUCUCAAUAUCCCCGAAAAUGCUGACCACUCCCAGAUAUCAUAUAUACUUAUGCAAUCAUAUUCCAAAAUGGUACCAUUGGAAGGGGCCUGGAUGCUACAUAAAGCUGCUGGAGGAUCAGGCCAGCGGAAAUUAAGUGUUUUGGCACCUGAGGCAGAGGGUUACACGGGGGCCUACCUUGCUAAAGCUUUAGGUGGAAAAGGCUGUCUCUAUAUAAUGCCCAUCCAGGACACUUUAGACACCUCCCCCUUGCCCUACUCAUCAGAGGAGUUCGAAAAUAUGCCAAAAGCCAGAUGUGCCACAUGUCAUCUAAGCAUGCCUGUCCAGCUGUUGGCUUUACACGCACAAGAGUGUGAACCAAGCAGCUGUUCUGACCGCAUGGAUCUGGAACCGGAUCUGGACCCAGAUUUAGAUGAGUCUCCAGCUACAAGCAAUCCUGGGAAUGCUUCUCCAAGUGUGCUCCCGUGUAGGACCUCCUGUUCUAAAAUCGAUAUUAAGGUGGCCUGUCCAUUGUGCUCAGAGUUAUUUCCUGAGUAUUUUGUUGAAAUACAUGCCAGCACUUGUAGAGAAAGUACAUUGCAGUCGACACAAAUUAUCGAUUUGGAAGAACAUGCCAGUGAAGAACUGACAGGGCGAGUGAAAAGUCUUGCUGAAGCCAUCGAAACACUUAGUGGACGAGUGGACACAACGACACUCUUUAAUGUUAGUGUCACUAGGGAGGAAAUCUUUGAAAGGGGUUUAGGGCAGUGGAGACGUCAGAAGAGGUCUUCUCCCAAAAAAAACUCCGAGUGUCUUUCAUUGGAGAGUCUGGAAUUGACCAUGGGGCUCUCAGGAAAGAAUUCUUAA